AUGAGGCGUCCUACAGAUGAUACUAACUCCUCUGAGUCUCCUUCAGCUUCCUCUCCUGGCAAAUCAUAUGUGCAGCUUCCAAACCCUGGAGGAGGAGGAGGGAGCAUUGGGGGAACAAUAAACUAUGAGAAGAAACUGACAACUCAAGAUGCUUUAUCCUACUUAAAGGAUGUUAAGAAGAAGUUUCAACAUCAAAAGGGCAUAUAUAAUAAGUUCUGUGAGUUUUUGAGAGACUUUAAAGCACAAAGGAUCGAUAUAUCUUGCUUGAUUGAACGAGUGAAUGAGUUGUUCAAAGGCCAUAACCAUCUUAUUUCCGGGUUUAACACCUUUUUGCCUAAAGGAUUAGAAAUAACCCUUGAUGAAGAUGAGGAAGACGAAGUUGAGGAAGAAGAAGAAGCUCCACCAAAGAAAACUGCUGAAUCCCUAGCUCUUGUAAACAAAAUAUUAAUAGAUAAUGAUCCCCAACCAGAUAGUUCUGUUGCUUCUCUCGGUGACUGUGGUCAUAGUGUUGACUGCUCUGACCUUAAUUUGGAUAAAGCGGUGCACAUAGAGCCGAGGAAACUAGUGGAGAAGGAGAAUAUAGAAAGGAUAAGCCGUGAUUUGGACUAUGAUGGAGAAGCAGAAGAGCAAGGCAAUUUGCACCAUUCUCCAAAGAAAGGCAAGCCAUCCACAAGAAGUGAGAGUUUUGAAGCUUACUCUGUUCCUACUGCUUCACAUUAUGAAAAAAACAAUCUAAAAGAAUCACUUUGCAAUGAAGAACAUCUAUCUGGUCCAAGGAAGGGGAAGGAAUCCAAGGACAAGUACAUUGGGAAAUCUUUUCAGCUGCGAUCCAAGGACAAGUAUAACGGGAAAUCUAUUCAGGAGCUUGAUCUAUCUGAUUGCUAUCCGAUACAUAAAACAGGAGCUCUUGACUUGAAUGAUAACUGGGUUUGUGUCAAUCCAGACUACUCUUUUAAGUACAGGCACAUAAACAAAUAUGAGGAAAGCUUGUUCAAAUGUGAAGAUGACAGAUUUGAGUUGGACAUACUGUUGUCAUCUGCGGGAUCUGCAGCGGAAAGGGGAGAAGAGUUGCUGAAUAGUAUCAUUGAGAAGAAAAUAAGUUUAGAGGAGGGCUCCUUCGUGGUUGAAGACCAUUUCACAGCCCUAAAUUUAAGGUGUAUAGAGAGACUUUAUGGGGACCAUGGUCUUGAGGUGAAAGAGAUAAUACGUAAGAAUCCAGCGGCUGCACUUCCUGUAAUUCUAGCUCGUUUGAAGCAGAAACAAGAAGAAUGGAAAAAAUGCCGUGACGAUCUUAAUUUGGCGUGGGCAGAUGUGUAUGCGAAACACCAUUACAAAUCACUUGAUCACCGCAGCUUCUCCUUCAAGCAGCAAGAUUCUAAGUACUUGAGUGCCAAAGCGCUGGUGUCUGAAAUCAAGGACCUGAAAAAGAAGUCUCUGAAAGAAGAUAAUGUUCCCCACUUGGAAUAUGAGUAUUUGGACACAAGUAUUCAUGAAGAUGUGUUUAAACUAGUCCACUUCUCGUGUGAGGAGAUAUUCUCCAACAAAGAGAAGAUGAGUAAAGUUCUGAAGCUCUGGAACAGUUUCCUGGAGCUGAUGGUUGGUGUUCCACCCAGGUCCAAGGAUGGAGAUCCGGCUAGUAAAGAUGUUACCACCUGUUCUGCUGAUAAAAGAUCAGGAGAUGUUGGCGAAAGACUAGCCAGAGUAUUCUACGGGAAUGAUGACUUUUAUGUUUUAUUCAGGCUUCAUCGAAUCCUUUACGAGAGAAUUUCUUCAGCAAAAACAUAUUGCACAGGUUGUGGUGAAAUGAAUCGGAGAAACACGAAAGACACUACUGGUUCACCACCAGAUCCUUAUGCAAGGUUUAUGAGUGCUCUGUUUAGUCUGCUAAAUGGCUCAGUUGAAAAUUACGAGUUUGAGGAUGAAUGUCGAGCUAUUAUUGGAAACCACUCUUAUUUUUUAUUCACCUUGGAUAAACUCUUAUACAGUUUGGUUAAACAGCUUCAAGCUGUUGUAGCAGACGCUAUGGACAAUAAGCUUCUUCACUUGUAUGAGUCUGAAAAACCUGACACAGUGUAUUAUGAAAACGCAAGGAUCCUCCUUCACAAAGAGGAAAAUAUUUAUCGGUUGGAAUCUUCGUCCUCUCCACCUCGUUUGUCAAUCCAGCUUAUGGAUAGUAUAAACGAAAUGCCCCAAGCUUCCAUGGAUCCCUUCUUUGCAUUUAGGUUUCUGCAAAAGAAGUGUCGUUCGAACUCAUAUCAGUAA